AUGAAUCGGCACCAGGUGAUGAAGAGUUCAAUAACAUGCCUUUAUUUUGGACGUCAGAAUGGUUACUUCAGUGGUGGGGAUAAUGUCCUAAGCAAUCGUUCAGUUAUGUACUAUCCCCCGGAAUCAAAAGCAGUCGUUUUCGAAACUCACCACGUAUACGCAACUGAUGUCGAGGAUGUGUUCAAGGUGGAAGGAAACCUGAUCUUCAAAACUUCGUAUUACUACGAACAGAGUUUCAACCGUGGCGGCUCAUUCAUUUCGAGUUCGAGCGAUUCCAGAGAUCGCGGAAUUCUGGACUUCGAUUUUCAUGGCUUCUGGUCUCGAACCACUGGGAAGCUUUGCAUGGUGGGAUCGAGCUAUACUUACUCCGAUGAAGGUAAAUUGCUUCAGCUUGAAGCUGUUCUUAAGAUUAAUAAUCUUAAGAGUUCAAGUAAUAUCAGCACGUUAGUCACAGGGACCAUUGCUAGCUUGAAGUCUGCUAAUGAUCCAAAUUACUUUGAGAAAAUAUCACUGCUGAUGUUUCCUCAAGUGAAUUACGGUUACACAAUUAGCCAAGGGUGUCCCCUGGGAACCGAUGUCCAACCGAAGUUGUCCCUCAGCUUGUCACGAACUCGAACUAUUUGCGAUAUGUUGUCUGGGGGAGAAAAUGCUUUCGAACUGGAGUAUGCAAGUGGCUGUGAUUCUUCAAAGAGUUGCAGUCCAUUUGGAGAUAACAUCGGAUAUUUGCCACCCGUGAUGUCGUUGAGUACGAUUCAAUGCUCAGCAGAUGGGCUAAGCUUGAGGUUUCUGAUAGAAUUUCGGAACAAUAGCUACAGGGGAUAUUAUAUCUGUCCCAACAUCAUCACUUCAUUAAUUGGAGAAGGAACUUGGGAUGCAAAGAGCAAUCGGCUUUGUAUCGCCGCUUGCCGAAUCUAUGAUGCAUCUAGCUCCUUGGAGACGUCUCGUGUCAGAGACUGCACUACACGGUUAAGCUUAAGAUUCCCAGCAGUCUUGUCUAUCAGACGCACAGGUACUGUUGUAGGUGAAAUCUGGAGCCUUAAGAAGAGGAAUGAAGCUGGUUUCUUUGAUAGGAUUGAGUUCCGAAAUACUGGCCAUUAUAGUGGAAAGAUUCAACUUCAAGGUUUGAAGUAUGAAGAUGGACAAGGUGAAGAAAUCUUGUCCAAAGAAGAAUCCUAG